UGCAGACACAGACACACACACGAUCGAUCGAGCGCGUGACUGCGCGUGUACCAGGCGUGGAGAUGUGGAGCGACGAGGUGGCUGAGCUGGGACCCCCCUCCUUCACCUCUUCCUCCACCACCACCACCACCUCGUCAUCGUCGUCGUCUUUGUCGUCGUCAGGCCCCCCACUCCAUCGUCGCCCGUGCGCCGUCUGCCUGGACCGCUCCUCGGGCCUCCACUACGGAGUCGUCUCCUGCGAGGGCUGCAAGGGCUUCUUCCGCCGCAGUGUGCAGAAGAAGGCAAUGUACGAGUGCGCCCAGGACCGGCGCUGCACCAUCAACAAGCUCACGCGCAACCGCUGCCAGUUUUGCCGACUGCAGGGAUGCCUGGCCGCGGGAAUGUCGCGCGAGUUGGUGAGGAACGAGCGUGGGAAGAGGCGCAAGGAGGAGUGCGAGGAGGAGGAGGCGGAGGAGGACGAGGCGGGAGAGGGGGGCGAGACCGAGAUGGACGCCCUGAUACAGAACGUUCGGCGGGCUCACCAAGACACCUUCCCAUCGCUCCACCAGCUUGGCAAGUACACCACGAAGUCGAGCUCGGACCACCGCGUGCAGCUGGACCUGGGCCUGUGGGACAAGUUCAGCGACCUCUCCACCCGCUGCAUCGUCAGCAUCGUGACUUUCGCCAAGCGCGUGCCGGGCUUCGACUCGCUCUCCAUCGCCGACCAGAUCACGCUGCUCAAGGGCGCGUGCCUCGAGAUCCUGAUCCUGCGCAUGUGCACGCGCUACACUCCGGCGAGGGACACGGUGACCUUCUCGGACGGCCUCACGCUCACGCGCACGCAGAUCGGCAGCGCGGCGCUGGGCGGCCCGCUCACCGACGACGUCUUCGCCUUCGCCGGGCGGCUCCACGCGCUGGCGCUGGACGACGCCGAGGCCGCGCUGCUCAGCGCCGUCUGCCUCGUGUGCGGCGACCGCGAGGGGCUGGAGGCGACGGCUCGCGUCGAGCGCCUGCAGGAGCCGCUGCUGGCGGCGCUGGAGCGGCACGCGGGCCGACGGCGACUCCCGGCGCAGCCCCGGGCCUUCGCGCGCAUCCUCAUGGCCGUCGCCGACCUGCGCGGCAUCGGCGCCAAGGGCGCCGAGCGAGUCCUCACCCUCACCACCGAGAUCCCCGGCUCCCUGCCGCCGCUCAUCCGCGAGAUGCUCGACAGCUCGGAGCGCACGCCACCGCAUUCCGCCGGGGGCCAUCGCCACGGUGGACGCGGCGGCGGUGGCGGGCGGUGACGUCGCCGAAGCCGAGUUUUCCCCCGCCGUCCGCGAGCCCUGGGGACCUUCCGGCACGACCCGUGGCUUCGCAGCCUCGUGAGCAAGAGCAACGCAGCCGGGCGUCGCCGUCCGUUCACGGAACAACGGCGAAAUUCGGAACGUCGGGGUCGAGCGUCGUUCGUCCGCUGCUGCAGAGGGUUCGCAAGGUCGGCGGUCCGGAACCGAGAGGCCGCCCCGUUUAAUACCGCGGGGUGCGCGUAACAACCGUAAAGAUCCCGCAUUUGCCAAAUUGCUUGCAAGUUACUCGUCACGGAAAAGCCACUUAGCACCGUCCCACCCUGCUGGCAGACCGAUGCCCACUCCUUGCAGACCGGCGCAGUCUUCAAAACAUGGGGCGAGGUGUAAUAACGAUCACUUUCACGCGUAGGCUUUCACGACCAAUAUCACGAUUCGCAGCGUUGUGUGGGCGUCAUGCCGCAGCCCUCUAAGCCGCCCAUCGAACGAUCAAAUGGAGCCGUCGACGUCACGGGCAAGUGCGCCGAUCGGUUUGGGUCUCUCACCCAAACUGGAGGAGCCCGAAGCGUGAAUUUUCCCAAUUGUACACGAAACGGCGUUCCCGCUGGAGAUGUUACGACGUCAGCCGGCGACCGCCGGGCGAUCACAGAGAGCCCGAGCUCUCCUCCCGUGCGUCGCGGGUCCGUCGAUGCCCAGACGACGCCGGGUGUCGUGGUUCUGGCGUCGCCCCCGAAUCAAGAGGAGGCUGCGUGUGCAGCACCUUCUCUCUCACCACGUCACCUGGUCACCUCCCCCCCAACAACGCCUGCACUGGCAUACACUGCCCCCAUCCCCCCCCACCCCCGCCGCUCCCCACCUCAAUGACCCUCAUCCAGUCAUCCAGUCAUACGUGUACAGGUACACACAAAGAUG